AUCGUUUAUCCAGCAGUCAUAACUUGCAUCGUCUCUUCCCCUCCUCAACAUCAACCUCAACCUCGACCACAACUUCCCCCUACCCACCCCCCCACACUUACCCGACAUGGCCAAAUCCGUAUCUGUCCUCGUCUACAAGCCUGACUCUCAGAGCACAGACGAGAUGAUCAUGAUCGUAUCCGACCCCGUAGCCUACAAGAAAUGGAAGGACGGUGACCACACCAUCCCCCUUGUAGAAGUGCUCGACUCAUUCUCCGUGUAUCAUUCUGGCCAAGGCUCGCAGGGCAAUCUCGGCAAAGCCUCUAAGCAGCAGCUCGAGACCAUCUUCGAGACCAGCAACGAGGAUGCCAUCGCACUUAUCAUGCUCGAGAAGGGGACGCUCAAGGCGAGCGAGAACUUUGGAGACCCGAGCGUGAGGUUCUCGGAUAGGAAUACCUCAAAUGGAGCGCGUCUUGAUACCCGCGGACAUGGUGCGCGCGGGGUGUAAUACGUCGUGAUAUAGGGAUCGAUGGCGUGAUGAUGUACCUGUACCGUCAAGAGAAAGUUAAAGUCAAUCAACCGUUAACCGCAUAUAUCUGCUUUUUG